AUAUAUAUAUAUAUAUUACUAAUAUUCUCUCUUUUUUUUUCUAACAUCAAAAUAUUUCUCUCCCCCUCUCCUCCAAUUUAUUUUAUUUUUUUUAUUAAGAAUGCAUAUAAAUAAUAAAUCCAUUUUUUUAUUCCCAUUCUUAUUAUUGAUUUUUAAUCAUAUUCCUUCUAUAUCUUCACAAUGUAUAGAACCACCUUUAUUCGGUAAAACACAUAAUAAGGCUUGUCCUUCUGUAUCCGAAUCACAAAAAAAACCUCUUAAUAAGAUCACAAAUUCAUUAGUUAAUGAUGAUGAUAAUUCUAAUAGUAUGAUAAAAAUAAUGUUUACUUGUGAUGAAAAGAGUACUCCAGAAACAUGUAAAAAAGCAGAUAUAGCAUUUAAAAAUGCAGCAACAAUAGUUGAAAACACAUUCGAUCUAAAAGUUCCAAUAGCGGUCAAUGCUAGUUUUGUAAAAUUAUGUGGUACUUUCAUAAAAUGUGCAGUUGGUCAACCUGAACCUCUUGGAGCUGCUGCUCCUUCUAGGCUUCUUCCUAUAAAAGAUAAUACUGAUGGUGAAACAAGAUUGUUUCCACAAGCUUUAGUAAAACAAUUACAAUUAUCAGAACAUCCAGAAUUUUCCCCUGUUGAUAUUGUAGCAGGUUUUAAUUCUAAUAGUAAUGCUUUUUGGUUCAGAGGUGAUCCUCCAAUUGGUAAAGAUCAAGUAGAUUUUGAAAUAAUUUUGGUACAUGAAUUUUUACACGGUUUAGGUUUUAUCACUUCUUGGGAUGAUUAUUUUAAUGCUAAUGCAAGUAGUUUAACUCCAACUCCAUCAUUUAUUUUCACUAAUCCGGAAGAAACUGAUGGAAUAAAGGAAGGUCCUAUCACAUUUACCGGUUUUCAGGAAUAUAUUUUGGAUAGACAUUUAGUAUUAACAAAAGACAAUUCUUCUCUUACACCUAUUGCCAAAAAAAUAAAUGGUUUUGCCCCUCUUAAUACCAAAUUUGAUGAUCAAAAAGCUUUCCUUGAUGCAUUUACUAAAUCUCCUGUAUAUAAAGAGACCGAAAUAAUGUUUAAAAAUUCCAUUACUAGAGGUUCAGUUGCAAUUAGAUUAGUUGAUGGUGAAAAUGUUUUAAUUGAAACCGGUUUGGUACCUUUUAAACCUGGUUCAACUUUUAGUCAUGUUGAUUUUGAUGCUUUUGGUAAUACUACCGAUUUCUUGAUGAGAUUUAAAGCUCCUCGUCAAGUUAUUCUUGAUGAUUUAUCACCUAUAAAUGGUGAUCCCGAAUAUACAAAUCCAAUUGGUCCAAAAAUUAUUAGUAUAUUUAAAUCUCUUGGAUACCCUAUGAAAGAAAAUUCUAGUACCUUUAAAAUAAUUUCCAAUCAAAAUCAAGAUUCCUUGACCAAACCAUCUCAAAAUUCUAAUAAAACAAAAUUAACAACUGAACAACAACAACAACAACAACAAACUAAUAACGCAUUUACCAUAACAACAAACACAUUAUUAUUAUUUUUAUCAUCAUUCCUUAUUUCCAAUUUAUUACUUUAAUAAUUGAAAUUUAAAACAAUAAUUGAAAAAAAGUAAUUUUAUUUUUUUACAAUAGAAAUUACAAAGGACAAUGCAAAGGACAAUGCAAUUAAACUUUCUUUUUCUUACUUUCUUUUCUUUCUUUCUUUUUUUUAUUCGGUGUUUAAAAAGGGGGGGAGAGUAUAUUUUAUUUUAGAUAUAAAAAAAAAAACCUUUAAAAGUGUUAUUACACUAAUUUUUUUAAGAUUUUUAUUAUGUAAUUUUAUCUUCUUUUUCUUUGUAUAAUUUCUUUUUUAUUAAUAAUAAUUUUCUGAAUAAUAAUUUUUAAAUAAAUAUUAUAUAUAUAUAUACACAACAUAUAUAUAUAUAUAAUAUGUAUACAAUAUAUAUAUAUAUAUAUA